CAAAGAUGCUGACGAGGAAGAUAAAGCUCUGGGACAUUAAUGCUCACAUCACAUGUCGACUUUGCAACGGAUAUUUGAUUGAUGCUACCACAGUCACAGAGUGUCUACAUACCUUUUGUAGGAGCUGCCUUGUGAAAUAUCUCGAAGAGAAUAACACCUGCCCUACCUGCAGGAUUGUCAUUCACCAGAGCCACCCCCUGCAGUACAUAGGACACGAUCGUACAAUGCAAGAUAUUGUCUACAAACUGGUGCCUGGUCUCCAAGAAGCGGAAUUAAAAAAACAAAAAGACUUUUAUCAGAAACUUGGCCUUGAAAUGCCUGGAGAGGUGAAAGGUGAGACGUGCACAGCUAAACAACUGUUCGACACACUCCAUGACGGUGAAACAAAGCCAGAAGAUGAAUCAAAUAAACAGAAAAUGGAGGACAAGCCAGAGGAAGAACAUGAUUAUCACAGAAAUGACGAGCAGGUGAGCAUCUGUCUGGAGUGUAACAGCAGCAAACUGCGAGGACUAAAGAGAAAGUGGAUUCGAUGUUCAGCACAGGCCACUGUUCUGCACCUGAAGAAGUUUAUUGCCAAAAAACUCAACUUAACAUCAUUUAAUGAGUUGGAUAUUCUAUGCAAUGAAGAAAUCCUCGGAAAGGAUCAUACUUUGAAAUUUGUCGUUGUCACUCGAUGGAGAUUUAAGAAAUCGCCACUUCUGCUACAUUACAGGCCAAAAAUGGACCUACUAUGACAUCAAGUUUUAUUGCCAGCUGAACUUGAUAAGGUGCAACCUUUGCAGAGACUGUCACCCAGCACCCAGACAAUGCAUCACUGGAUCUAGCAUGUGGCACACACCAGCAAAACGCACAUACCAGAUCAGAGGUCCUGCUCAACUGGGACUGACUCAACAACAGCCUGCUUCUGUGCUCUCUCCUAACGUUGUGUUGGAAACGCUCAUGUUUAAGUGGGUUUACGUCAUAAUAUUAUUAUGAAAGGAUCAAAUGAAAUUGCACCGACACUUUUUAUACCUGGUUUCUAAAGACAAUGCAGUGUGCUGAAUUUGAUGUGUUAGGCGGCUUUGUUGUGGGCACAAGAAGUCUUUUCUAGUUUACAUUUUGACCUUUGCUUUAGCAGCUCUGUGAUUUGGAAAUGUUUUAAUGAUGCAGUUUAUUAAGCUGUGGGUUACUUUGGCUUUCUUAUUUAAAGGACCUUUGGAAUAAUUUUUGUAGUUUCAACUCAAAAAUUGUGGACUGAAGUUGGUAGAUUUUUAAAAAAAAUCUAAUUGUGUGAAAUUGCCCUGUUCACUGUUUGAACAAUAUUAACCCAUGAGUUUGUGACUUUAUGAAACACAGAGUCCACAUUUUUCAGAUAAUUCUGCUUCUAGGUGCAGAUUCAAGGUGAUAUUUAACCCUUGUUUCAAAAUUAAUCUUUUUUUUACAAUGCCAAUGUUCCAGUUUUGGGGAACUACAUUAUAGCAUUAUAUAAUGCACUACUCCCUGUCUGUUUCCUGGCCUUGAAGCUGUAGAAUUGGCAGCAUUCAGUAUGAGCACUGGUGAGAAACGUACUCCAGCAUCUGGUGGAAUCUAAUCUGCCUCUGCAAUUGCUUACAGCCAUUCCUAUUAGUCCCAUUCAUGGUCACAUGUCCCAUCAGCUAUAUUGCUGAAUAAGUAUUAAAUGGCCUAUUUAAAUUGUUUAAUGAAAGAUUUCUGUGGGAUUUCCAAGUCUUUCGGUGAGAUAGGUUGGUAGAUAGUUAAAAUUAUCAUUGUUUUUAUUGUCUGUUUGCAAUGACCAUAUAUCUUCCAUUGGGAUGUCCACCACUCUCCAAAAGGAUUUUCUCAGGAGAGAUGGUAUCUGCCCAUUACAUCCAUAUUAUUUUGAGACACUGUAAGAAAAGGAUUUGGUGUUCACCUGUGUUAAGAGAUGAAACUGUUGCUCCCGGUACUUUGAUACGAACACUAUUCAUAUGCCAGUUGGGAACAGUGGAAGACCUUGGCUGUGGGAGAGAAUAUCUGAUGGCAUUAGUGAGGGUUUAUCCUAUAUUAUUAAUGGCACAUUCUGAAGGAUUAUAUAUUUAUUGCAAAUUAUAUUAUAAUUAUGUGUUUUAGUUCUUGGUAUGUGGUGGGUUUUGUUUUGCACUGUGUACCAGGUUUCUAAGGUAAGCAGCCUCCUUUCUAAAAGGUAGUAUAGCAUUAGAGUUGUGCAUUCAUAUACCAGGGCAGAGUUAUGCUUGUACAGUGUGCUUGUAAAUAUUUUACUGUGUAUAACAUGUUGAUAUGGAAUGUCUGACCAUUGCAACUGUGUACAGUGACUCACAAAGUACUAUUUUUGGCAGCGAUAAUUAACAUUUUUAAUCUAGGCAGCAAGAAAAUUAACAAAAUUACAGCGUCUAUAAUUUUUAUGACAGAUUAAAUUAAAUAUUAUUUCAAAACUGUAUACAUGUUUUAAGGGAUCUCACAAGGAGGUUUUAAAAAGUUUGGUUACGUGGCUUGAAGGCAAAAUGUUCUCUAAUUUUCUUGUCGAGCAAACACUGAAGGACACUGCACUAACAGAAUGAACAGGCUUUUCUGUAGACAUGGUUCAGUGUUGCUGUAAACAGAACCUGUAGGACAAUAAAGAAACUUGCACAAUGGAAUACUCAUUUAUGCUCACCAUCCUUUUCACAAAUUUCAUAAUUACCAAUAGUCAAAACUGAUUCCACUUUAAAGUUGUUUGGACGCCCAUUUUAGUAGAUAGAUAGCUGUCUGUUUCAUUUUGAAAUCUACAAAUAAAUUGGAGUUUCUUUACAUUUUAGUAACUUUAGCUGAUUUCGACGCCACGGUAGCAUAGCAGUUAAUGCGACGUUAUUCAGCUCUGGGAAUUGGGGUUUGGAGUUCAGUUCUGGUAUCCUUUGUAAACAAGUUUGUAUCCUUCCCCUAACUGCAUGGGUUUCCUCUGGCCCUCCAGUUCCCUCUCUCAGUCCAAAGACGUACUGGUCAGUUUAAUUGUCCUGUGACUAGGCCAGGGUGAAACUGGUGGUCUCUUCCACACUGUCUAUCUAAAUUUAAGAAAAUAACUAAAUGUUUGGUGAAUGUUACAGAACAUUGCAAAGGGGCACUGAAGUGUAUUGGGUAGCAGGAGCCAGGCAUGGUCCGGUAGAAUUCAGAACUGUUCCUCCACUGUCACUGUAUUUCUUGUCCAUGACCACAGCUAAUUGAAACUAUGUCUUCCGUGUAAAAUCUGCACAAAGCAUAUGCGCCUUAUGCCUGAGAUUGAUAUUUAUUUAAAGUGUCUCAUUGGCCAUAAAGCCAAGAAAUUUUAAUAUGAACUUAUUUAGUGACAGUGCAGUCUUUCCCAUCAGCCCUAGCAUUUCACUUCACGUGUUCAUUCUGUCUGUGCUCUUUCCUUCAGUCGCAGAGCACCACAACAUAGAAACAGGUCCUUCAGGCCAUCUAGUCUGUGCCAAACCAUUCGAUGUCUCUUCUGCAGCUUUCCUCAGAAGAAGCUGGACUCAGUGAAAAUCCCUCCCCCUGUUCUGGAUACUUACUGGAGAUAACAUUUAUUAAUUGAACGGGUUUGGCUGCUAUUCCAACAGCUGUUUCACUGUUACAGCUUGUUUGACCAUCAUAGAGAACACUGAAUCAGCCACGUAAUCAUGCUGGGAUUUGCUGAAACUCUUGGUUGGUGGUCAGCUCAGGGCCACGGAACUCGGUGCUAAUGCAUUUCAUUACCAGAGGUAUUAAAUUCAGAGUGGUGGGGCUUAAACGUACCUGUGUCAUCUUACUCUACACCAUCUUCCAAAAUCCUUUUCUUUCAGAUUUGCAAAGGACUAGUUGUAGUCUGGUUUGUUGAGUGUUUAACACAAAAGGUGCUUGUGUUGCUUCAUUACCUGCAUUGGCUUUUGGAAGAAUGGUGCUUGAAGCACGAGGUUGACAGUGUAGAGUUGGACUGGUAUGGGCAGCUUUAGAGUAUACAACAGAAUUCACGUUGCUGAGGGUGAAAUACUUUUCUGCACCACAGGUAGGAAAGCUAUGGAGAUUGCAUUUUAGUACGUUGGGUUUGUAUUAUUAUUUAUGUAGUCAUUUCUUUGCAGAACAAAAAAAAGCCAAGAUAGUUUACUGUAUCAGUGUGAAAAACUACAGCAGACACAUUGUUUAAUUUUAAUGAACUCUUGCAUAGAUUUAACUGGUAUCAUUGAACAAGUCAGACAAAAGAUAUGAGUGCCUUUUACAAAAUCUUGUCCGUCUAUAGACGUUGUAGUGAAUGGUCCCUUUGACGUAUUUCCAAUAACCAAUCAGUGGUUAAUGAAGAUCACAGUAUAUGGAUGCCACAAGUUUUAGUGGGGAGGUUUUCCUGUCCUGAGAAGAGCUGUGUGAAAUGUAUCAUUUCAAACUGUUUUAAGUAAGAAAGCCAAAGUGAAGUGAAGAUGACAAAGCUGAGGAAGCCAGCAUUUGGAAUUUUUGAUUUUCAAUGCUGACAUAAUGUUUGGUGUAACAGUCCAAAACUACAUUCGUUAAGACUGUGAAGGUAGGUAUUGAUUUUGAGUUCUGUUUUGUUAAUGCUACUGGAUGAGUGAACAAUUUAGAUGGGACUUGUUCAGAAUGAGAAUAUUUUAAAUCUUAUAUAUUUGCUCCUCAUCUGUUGUUCAAAUGGGAGUACUAUGUGACAUUAGAUGAAGGUAGUCUGAACUGUUUGCUCAUCCUGUUUACCUGUUAUGUUGUUUUUGAUACGGAAAGCAUAAUGUCUCUGUAUGGAUCUCUCUAUGCGGUAUCAAAAUCGUAUUAUGUAUACCACCUGUUACUCCAACAUGAAUCAGUGCUUUUCAAAGGUAAUAUUGUAAGUGGGCCUUUAAAAACAGUUGGCUGGGUCUGAGAAUUAUUAUAUACUGUCUAACUUUAUUUUCUGUUGAGCUUUGCAUCUAUGAUCUGCUUCAUUGUCAUAGUAACACCAGAGCAAAUGAACUUGCAAUAAGCUUUGCAACCAAUUUAACCUGAAUUGCUGGGUACAUUUUUAAGCUCUCUGGUACAGUGAGGUAUUUCUGUGGGAUUAGGCACAAUAUUUACAGCAGCAGUUUGCAUUAGGAACUGAGUUAAUGUUUUUAUUGCUUUAAUCUUUGCAAUAAUUCCCUCAUGGUUGACAAUGUCCAUGUUUCACACCUAUUUUGACUUAAAUCUUUAAAAACCUCUCUUUUAAUGUUAAGGGAAUAUAGUGUGUAUUCUCAGCAAAUGGUGGGUAGGGAAAUGUAGUUGAGUGCUUACAGGACCAUAAGACUGCCCAUCUUGUUUAGUGAGGUUGUGGCUGAUGUGUGUUCAAGCUAUAUAUCAACCUUUAUCUAACAUAAACUUUAUUAACAUAAUCUUUCAAUCUCAGAUUUGAAAUUAAAAAUAAUGUAUCAUCAGUUGUGAUUGAUAAUUGAGUUCAAGUUCAUUUUAUUGUGUAUACAGCCAAAUGAUUGAAACAAUGUUCCGCUGGACCAAGGUGAGCAUAGUACAUGUAACUCACACAACACAUAAAGUUUUAUUACCGCCAAUAAAUUAACAAAUAAUAAGGUGCAUAUACGAUACCAGUUAAGUCUAAUUCUACUGGUGCUUCAUACUUGAAGCUCCUGUCUUUCACUGUAGCUUAAAUAUAAAAUUGUUCUCUUGCUUUGCUGUUGAAUGGGUUCAUUCUAAUUUUCUACCCUGUGUUUCAGUCAUAGACUCCCCAAUCAACAGAGAUAGUCUCUUUGCCAAUGGUACCAUUUGCUAUAUUGAAUGAUAUCAUCCUUUAUUUUUCUGAAGUUUAGGGAACUUGUCCUUUAUUUUGGUUAUUUUUAAAAUUUAACUUUUGGCAUUGGGAAAUUAUUCUGGUAAAUUUGUACUGCAGACCUCAAAAGCCAAUACAUUGUUAAAGGGUGCUAUCCGGAACUGCUUAUAACACUCUGGCUGAGGUCUAACCAGGAUUUUAAUUGGCACUGAUAUGGUGUUUCUCCUAUCUUUCUGUGUUCUGUUUCUUUGGAUAGGCUAACAUUCCAGUAGAUUUUGAUUAUUUCUGUGACAUUUUAAUGAUCCCCUCUGUGAACUUCCAUCUCUUUUAGCCUUGCACUGUUUAGAAAUUUCUCACUGGUCCAGGGAGAAUGAGCUGCUCUGUAACCUAUAGUGUUAAUGCUAUUAUUUGCACUGUUUACAGUCUUGGCUUCCUCUCUUUCCAUCGAAGCCAUUACCAAAAACAGAGAAGAGUUGUUUUACAGGCCACUGCCUGUAUUGCAUUUGCUUGUUAUCUUGCCACUUCCUUAACCUGACCAGUACUGUAUUUGAUUCCAACGCUGAAGCUUUUGCAUUGGUUAACUUUGCAAUGAUAUUUCUCUGUUCACUACUUCAGGGAAUUGGAUCAGCUUUUGGGACAUGACCAUCCUUCACAAAUCCACUCUGGCUGUCAUUCACUGCCCCUAUGUUCAAUCACUUACUCCAUCCAGAGCUCAAUUCCCUGGCUACAGAUGAUAUACAAUUCCCUGCUCUCUUAAAUAAUGAAGCAAUCUGCACAAUUCUUCCAGUUUAUAGGAAAAAUUCCCAAAUCAAGGAAAAUGCAGAUUUCUGUUGGAUUCUGAAAGGUUCUAGCCUGGGUUGGAACCUGCUUGGUCCUGGUGAUUUGUUGCUCGUUAUUAUAUUAACAUUGAUUUCUUUAUGCAUAACUUUUUGUGAGCCUCUGCCCAGCUGAGAUUGAUUUUUUUUUUUGUUUCCUUGGGAUUAUCUUCCUCUGUUGUAAAUACUGAUGCAAAGUAUUUUCAUUCAACAUUUGCCCUUUCUUCUUGCCUAGACAUUAUUUUCAUGAAAUUUUUUUAGUAAUAAUGUUAUUCAUACUGGCAAAAUUUUCAUGUAUGUUAUUGAUGGGUGGAUAACCUGUUUAAAUCCUGUGUAAUUCUAGCAUUCUGGUUGUGGGAAUCUAUCUGUCUGCUUCCAAGAAUCUUGGCAUUUAAAGGGGAAAAUGGAACGAUAGCUACAGUUCUAUUUUCUGUGCACCGUAUUUUCAGCCUGAUUUCAAAGCUUGUAUGUAUUGUAUAAAUGCAGUGCUUAUAGACCAACCUGUAGUGUUGAGUGAGCGUGUUCUUGGAGAAAGAUUAUUUUACACCUCCUGUAAUGAAUGAUUUCUUGUGGAAUUCUGCUUCAGCGGGGCUGAGUGAAAAUGCAAUUCAUGCUGUGAAUGCUGAGGGAAUGAAAGCGUGCUCUUGUGCAAAAAGCUAUCACUGGGCACCAUAUGAAUACAAAAACAGUCCAAAUUCACAGUGUAUCUGUCUGACUUUCAACAGGAUGGUAAUUGUUGGGGUGAGGGCGUCAGUCAGGGAGUGAACACAGUGAGUUGUCCUCAAAGUGCUAUCUUGCACCUGUAAUUCAUAGCACAGGAUAUUAAAGCAUAGAGAUCGUUUGGUCCGUCGAGUCUGUUCCAGUUCAAUGCAAGAAGUAUCACCAUUCCCACCAGCACAAUAGCCCAGCCCAUAGCCCUGUGAGUUCUCGCCUUCCCCGGAAUCAUCCAGUUCCCUUUUCAGACCUGAUCCUUCCCUUGAUCGGCCCUUUCUAUACCCUGUUGUAACCCCUUCAGAACUUGCUCUGAAAACAAUCCCAGCUUUUCUAGUCUUUCCAUCAUCCAGAAAUAUAUGAAUAGAUCUCUCUUCAAAGUCUUGGCAUCUCUCUCUAUCAACAAGCAACACACACAAAAUGCUGGAUGAACUCAG